AUGUGUUCAUGCAGCAGAAAUCUUUGUUCUACUUAUUCCUGUAAUGCUUCUGUUGCUUCUACGGUAUAUAAUCAUCUUAGCAGAAAUCUUUGUUCCACUUAUUCCUCUAAUUCUUGGAUUGGCUGGCAUGAAAUUUGGAGACUUCCGGUCAUCCCGCGUAUCAAGGUUCAUAUCUGGAAGCUUGCUCAUGGCAAACUCUCCACUUAUUCCUAUCUUUAUAAUUUAAACAUUGGUCGAAAUAACCCAUGCCCCCUUUGUGGGUUGGAACCUGAAACUGCUGUUCACCUAUUCUGGUCCUGCCCUAAGAUUCUUCUUUGCUGGCACGACCUGUUUGCUAAGAUUAAUUUACCUUCACAUUUUAUUGACUCUCUUAGCACAGGUGCUUGGCUUUUGACUAUCAGUGACCCUUGGUCCAAAGCUCUUAUUGCUACUAUCUUAUGGCUUAUCUGGAAGCAACGUUGCAACCUUGUUUUUAGGAAUGAACCUCUCAAUACCAGUGUUAUUCUCCCUCGGGCUUGGGCAAUCUGUACAGACUUCAACAGACUAGCUACCAGGGAGUGUGCUCUUCUUAGCUCUAAUUCUGGCUCCAUUGUCAUUUUUACUGAUGCAUCUUGGUCGGUGGACUCUUCGGCCGCUGGUUUAGGUUUCUUAAUCCUCACUAAUUCUAAUCGUGUUUUAGCUGCAUGCUCCAGGGGCAUCUCCUCUUCCUCUCCCCUGCAGGCUAAGAUUGCUGCUAUCAACUUCGCCUUCAAUACUUGCACUGAUAAUGGUUGGACGCCAAAUAUGGUUUUCUGUGACUGCCCAGGGGUGGCACAACUUCUGAAUCAUUUCAAUAUCAGCUUUGCUUGGCAUGUCAACUCUGAGUUCCAUCCCAUGAGGAGAAACUCUGCGUUGUUCCCAAAUGCUUCCAUCCACACCAUCUCCAGAGAUCUUAAUUCUUUUGCUGACACUCUUGCAAAUUUCGGAAAUCAAACCCUCACUCGUCUCUUUUUCUACAGGGGCUUUGAUCGGCCAUUUUGGAUUGAGGAGCUUUGUUUGCUCCACAAUCUUAGCUUUUGA